AAUUUGUGAAACAAAUAAUUUUUUGUUUAUUAGUUCUUGUAUUAUUUGUAUUAUCAUCAUGACGUACAUGAAGCCAACCUCCUAUAUUUGGGCACAACAUCCUGUGACGUCACCGUCGUACUAUGGCGUAGUAGGAUGCUGUAUUUUUCAGUCACGUUCCAGCAAAGCUCCCGCUUUUCCGCUUUGCUCCGGGAGCGGGAUUCGGUGUGCAGGCUGGCGGGUUCGGCGUUCAGACACCGAAGCACCAAAACGGCCCCGCAGUUACCCGGGAUGGAGUACCAGGAUGCAAUUUGCACCUUGAACACUCUGCAGACCAAUGCCAGUGCCCUGCAGCAGGUACGGCAAGAAAGAAACCACCCUCAGCAGCAACUGCAGGCUAUGCAAGGCUUUCUGGAGCGAGCCGGCCUCACCGUAGAAGAGCUGAAUCGUCUUAAUAUUAUUCAUGUCACCGGAACAAAAGGCAAGGGUUCAACGUGUGCAUUUACAGAGAAGAUUUUGAGAAGUUACGGCUUGCGAACAGGAUUUUACAGUUCCCCCCAUUUGGUACAAGUCAGGGAGAGGAUCCGAAUUAAUGGGCAGCCCAUUGGAAAAGAUAUCUUCACCAAAUACUUCUGGCAGAUCUAUGGACGCCUUGAAGAAUCUAAGCCAGCCUCUGGUGGAACAAUGCCGGCAUACUUUCGCUUUCUCACCAUCUUGGCCUUCCACGUCUUUCUCCAGGAAAAGGUUGAUGUGGCUGUGAUUGAAGUUGGGAUUGGUGGAGCGUAUGACUGCACCAACAUAAUACGAAAGCCCUGGGUCUGUGGCGUUGCCUCCUUGGGAAUAGACCACACUCAGAUUCUUGGAGACACGAUUGAAAAGAUUGCCUGGCAGAAAGGAGGCAUCUUUAAGCCUGGCGUUCCUGCCUUUACCGUCAGCCAGCCAGAGGGCGCCAUGGCUGUGCUCAGGGAUCGGGCCAAAGAGAUCCAAUGUCCUUUGUGGGUGUGUCCAAAUUUGGAUGAGUACCAAACAGAUGGCACAGCUCUGCAUCUGGGCUUGGCAGGAAAGCACCAACGCUGGAAUGCGUCCCUGGCCCUCCAGUUAAGUAACAGCUGGCUGAAACGAAGAUGUUCACCUGUAGAUCAAAGCCUUUCUGCAAUCAACCCCGAGAACACCAGAGUCCAACCAGCAACCGCGUUUAGGCCCAGCUCUGAGAUGAUGAUGGGACUUGCAAACACCGAGUGGCCGGGGAGGAACCAGACCCUGAAAAAUGGAGAGGUCACCUACUUUCUGGAUGGCGCCCACACCGUGCGCAGCAUGCAGGCCUGUGUGGACUGGUUCAAAGGGAGUGCAGCCCAGCAUGAGAAGAAUGCCAGUGGACCUGUGGCCAGAGUGCUGCUCUUCAACGCCACGGGAGACAGGGACUCUGCCGCCAUGCUCAAGCUGCUGGUGGACGCCGCUGUGCUUCCCCUCAGCCUUGUCAUUUUGACUUUGCCGUGUUCUGCCCAAACAUCACUGAAGCCAUUGUGUCGUGCAAUGCCGACCAGCAGAACUUCAACGUGUCUGUGGAAAACAUGCUGACCCGCUGUAUGGAUAACGCGAGGAGCUGGCACCUCCAUAACCGCGGCGGGGACCAAGGAGGGGCUGGGCUGCUCAUUGAGGAGCGCCUGGUCCCGGACAACCAGGCCCACACCCUGGUGUUCCCCUGUAUCCUCAGUGCCCUGCAGUGGAUCAGUCAGGGCAGAGAUGCAGUGCUGGCAGACCCCAACAAGCAAGUCUUAGCCGUCAAACCCAACAUCAGGGCCAAAGCUGCCGUCCUCCGUGAAGCAGCCCAAAUUCAUGUUCUGGUCACUGGAAGCCUCCACUUGGUGGGGGGGGUCCUAAAGCAUCUGAACCCCACAUAUUCCAAUUAGAGAAAAGCCGAGGAAAAACAGAAAUGUCCUCCCUCUUUUGCUAGUACGUCACUGUGGGGUCUUUCCAUGUGUUCUAGGUUUCUGACACACUGAUUGGACGAUACAAACUGUCAGUCAAACCUAAUUCUGCCUUAAGUGCAAUCAGCCAACUACUGUUUGUAUGUGUGUUUGAUGGAGAAAGGUGCUAAAGCUGAAACAUGAAGCUGCUAAAGUAACAUUUCUAAUCAUUAGAACUAAUCAAGAAAACAUCUUCAAACGUGUCGAAGAGGAAAUGAAACUUUAUUCUGGAGUCAAUAAAGACAGUUUAGAAGGUUUCUGAUGGUCUGUUUGUGAAUUUGAAUUCAAGAUCUUUAUUUUAAAUGUUCCAGUUUGUGUGCUGAUGAAUUGAUGCAGACGGAGCAGCAUUAGCAACAAAAGUCACUCAAACGGGACAGAAAACGCUUUGGAUGAGCCUUAAGGCCUGACUCUUUGGUGCUGGCCGUGUCGCUCCUGUACACUUGAAGCUCAGCCGAAUGUUUGUGACUGUGGAGCCGUUUGAGUCCAGAGAACUCAUUGUCAUGUUCUAGAGACCAGUCUGAGAUGAUUCCAGCUCUUUGACAUGGAGCCUUCUCCUGCUGGAAGUAGCAGCAGAAGAUGGUCCACUGUGGUCAGAAAGGGAUGGACAUGGUCAGCAGCAAUACUCAGGUAGGCUGUGGCGUUGGAACCAUACUCAACUGGUACUAAGAGAACACCCCCCACACCAUGACUCCACCACCACCAGCCUGAACCGUUGGUACAAGGCAUGAUGGAUCCAUGCUUUCAUGUUGAGGCCAAAUUCUGACCCUACCAUCUGAAUGUGGCAGCAGAAAUGGAGACUCAUCAGACCAGACAGCGUUUGUCCAUCUUCUAGGGUCCAGUGUUGGUGAGUCUGUGUGAAUUGUAAUCCCCAGAGAUGGUUGUGGGUGAAAAUCCCAGCCCGUCUGGAACCAACAACCACGUUCAAAGUCACUUCAAUCACCUUUCUUUCUCAUUCUGAUGCUGGUUUGACCUGCAGCAGAUCGUCUGGACCAUGAAUACAUGACUACAUGUGUUGAGUUGCUGCCAUGUGAUUGGCUGGUUAGGAAUGAAUGGGCAGCUGGACUGGUGUACCUGAUCACGUUGGGUGAACUGAAUGACAUCUUGAACUGUUUGACCUUUUAUCCUAAUAAAACUCUA